GCCUUGCUUCGGCCCAGCCCGCGCGUGCUCUGAAACAGCCGCCCUCUCGUUGCUUGCGUGUCAAAAUUGUCCCGGCCGUAACGUCAGCUAAUCCACUUCAUACCGGAUUUCGCCAACGACCUACCCUACACCUGCUUCCCCAACGCGCAUUGCUCCUUUUCAUUCACUGCUUCCCACAUCUCCCCAUGGAAGCGCAAUGUCGGAAAUGAUCUCGCAGCCUAUGCAAUAACAACACGCGACCCCGUUGCGAUGCUGCUUGAUCUAUAGGGGUGGCAUCACACUCCCCUCGCCAUGCCGGUCCCUCGACCUGUACGGCGGAACAGUACCAGCACGUACAUCCUCGCCACAAUCCUCGUCGUCUGCUUCCUCUACUUCUUCUUCGGCGACGAUGACACCCUCGCCGCCAUCCCCAAUGUCGCCUCGAGACAACUCCUUAAGAGCAAGGAUGCCGCCUCCAACAUCCUCUCGCCCCCCUCCCUCCCCUUCCGCAAACCCGCGAAACUCGACCCCGGCGAAAUUCCUCCCCCGCCGCCAGUCGUACACUACAAGAUGAACAACGUCACCACCUCAGGCGACCCCAUCGGCAACCGCGAAACAGUCCUCAUCCUCACCCCCUUGGCCCGCUUCUACCAAGGAUACUGGGAGAACCUCGAAAAGAUGUCCUACCCCCACGAACUCAUCAGUCUCGGCUUCAUCAUUCCCAAAGGCAAAGAAGGCAACGCAGCAACGACCCUGCUCCAAGAACGCAUAGCCAUCACCCAAGCCCCGACCAACAAGAAUCGCUUCGCAAGCAUCACCAUCCUGCGCCAAGACCACGAACCCUCCGACCUCUACUCCCAAGCCGAAAGCGAGCGGCACGCCCUCCACGUGCAGAAAGAGCGGAGAUCGAGGAUGAGCCGCGCGCGCAACAGCAUCCUCUUCACCACCCUCGGCCCCACCACCUCCUGGGUGCUCUGGCUCGAUUCGGACAUUGUCGAGACGCCACCGAGUCUCAUUCAAGAUCUGGCCUCGCACAACAAACCCAUCAUCGUCCCGAAUUGCUUCCAGCGGUACUAUGACGAGGAGAAGGGAGCCAUGGCCACGCGGCCUUACGACUUCAACAGCUGGCAGGACUCGGCGACCGCGCAAAUCCUCGCGGAGAAAAUGGGCCCGGAUGAGAUUCUGCUAGAAGGAUACGCAGAGAUGGCUACGUAUCGCUCGCUCAUGGCGUACAUGGCCGACCCCAAGGGCGCAUCCGACCAUGUCGUCAGACUCGACGGCGUAGGCGGCACAGCGCUGCUCGUCAAAGCCGACGUGCACCGCGACGGCGCCAUGUUCCCGCCCUUCCCCUUCUACCAUCUAAUCGAGACGGAAGGCUUCGCCAAAAUGGCGAGUCGCUUAGGCUGGGAGAGUUUCGGCCUGCCGAAUUAUUAUGUGUAUCAUUACAACGAAUGAAAAACAUGGGUACUAUUUGGGAAGUGACCGGGCUGGCAAAUGGCGGCAAAGCAACACGAGAAAACCAUACACAGAGACGGCCUGGGGUGUUGUUUUGUCCAAUCUUGCAUAGAUAUCAUCGGCGGUGUUUUCUCCGGGGCUAUAAUUGCUGCGUUUCCUUGAUCUGGUGACAACUUGGGGGGACCGGCGCAGUCUAGAUGCAUUUUGGAAGAGG